AUGUUCAUGAUUGCGACGGCGAGGGGGCAUCUGCUGGGUAAAGUUGAGGUCUGCUCAGUCACGGGUGAUGGUCUAUAUGGUGUCGACAACAGCAGUGACCGAGGAAGCGGAGUCGCGCUGUAUAAUGCGCCAGGAGAACUAGUGACGGGCGGUGCCGCGAACAAGACUUCGGCCCGCGGUCCCGAGAACAACUGUGGUAGAAACCCUUGCUUACCACUAGAUCUAGGAGAUGGCUCAAACCCAAGCUUAAGGUCGUAAGCCCAUAUCCAAGAAUCUUUAUUUACCGCUUCUCAGAAGGUAAUCUCCUCACUCUACCCUCCUGUCCUGAUAAUCCCCAACUAAUAAUGCCCAGGCUUCUUCUAUGCUAACGCCUCCCAUUACACCGAAAACCUCGUCCAGCACAUCUUCUCCGCCUGCCGACCUCACGCGUCCACAACAAUCAUCCACGUGGGAGAUUGAGCCUGGAAUGAUCCCCCGCCCAAGGCCUCAGCCAUGCCGCCGCCGACACGGGGCCCUGCUCCGCGUGGUAAUCCUAGGCUUCGCCUCGACGAACAUAGUCGAAAUUAACUCCGUGCAGAACCUCAUUGGUGUGCGCAAGCCACUAGAUUGGUACGUCGCACCUGACACGGGAGAAUGGCGGUUGGCCCCUAUCGGGUCUCGCUGUGGGAAGCGUGCCUUGACCGCCGCUGGAUUUGGAUUCCCCAGUAACACAGAAAGAGGUAUGGUAGUAAAAAGAAAGUCGGAUGGGCUCCUGUAUUCGCAGUUGCCAGUAUUGAAGAGACAGUAG